GAUUUUUGCAGGCAAAGCAAGAGGUCAAGAGCCAGCCUCUUCUCACAGGAUGAGAGAACAAAAUGUUGCCCCCAGGAUCUCAAAACCUCAGUCUAGGGGGAAAGCUCAAAUACAAGAUGAUUCAAUCAUGGCUACAAAUAAUAGCAGCAUCGUGUCAAAGCGCAGCGUCGAGCGCCUGUAUUUCCCCAAUGAGCCUCACUACUUUCGCUAUUUUGUCAAGAAGCCACAGAGACGGGCCCCUUUAAUAAAUCGUGGCUAUUGGCUGAGGAUGAAGGCCGUAGACCACGUCGUGCGCCAAUUCCUAGAAACACCCUCCAAGAAACAGAAGGUGGUCAUAAAUUUGGGCUGUGGGUAUGAUCCACUUCCCUGGCAAUGCCUCACGCGGUAUCCAGCUGCUUGUAAUGGUGUAAAAUUCAUCGAUGUCGACUACAGGGAGCUGAUGGUCAAAAAGCGAGAUGUUGUGCAACGCACAAAGGAACUCACCGAGAUGCUAACCGGGGUCGAGGUGUUGGCGGAAGGGAAUAUGUUGCUUCGCAGUGAUCAGUAUCUACAGUUGGGAUGCGAUCUGAGGGACCUCUCAGGCCUUAAUCAGGGUCUGGCUAGUGCAAUUGAUAUUGAGAACUGCCAGGUACUUCUCGUAGCUGAAGUUUCAAUUACAUAUAUGAAUGUCGAAGCUGCAGAUUCCUUAAUACAAUGGGCAGGCAAACUACCCCAAGCCCAAUUCUGUCUUCUAGAGCAGCUACUCCCUGACGGAAUUGACCAUCCAUUUGCUAAGACUAUGAUGGCACAUUUCAACAAACUGCAGACUCCACUCAGAGCCGUUGAAAAGUAUCCCACAAAAUCUGCACAGUGCCAACGUUUCAAAUCUUUGGGUUGGAGCAACACCUUGGCAUACAAUUUGUGGGAAUUAUGGAGCUCUGCAGGAUUCCUUUCUCCUAGUGAACGUUCAUCAUUAGACCUCAUUGAGCCAUUUGAUGAAUGGGAGGAAUUCGCCUUGUUUGGCUGCCAUUACAUCUUACUUGUUGCAAACAACGUGUCCAGCUUUCCGGAAACUAGUGCAUAUGGGCCGCCUCAGUCUCCGACCAUAAGCAAGUCUUUACAUGCCGAAGUGGUGUAUUCUGAGACUGCAAAUGCACACGGCUAUCGAAGGUUUUCCGCAGUGCUCCCCGUCAGGAGCCCGACCGGUCUGGAUGAUAGGGUUGGCAAUUUUGCUGGCAUGGGAUUGAAUAACAGGUUGGCAUCAUAUGAUGUGUAUUCUACUGACACAAUAAGGGAUCAGCCAUUCGAUUUCAUCGGCUCCAGCACCCCAUCGAGUCGAAUGUGUCACACUAUUACAGACAUAGGGGAUGCUGGGGCAUUGCUCGUUGGUGGUCGAACCUCGCCGGAUAAUGCUUUAUCAGAUUGCUGGGUCUACCAUAAAUGGCCGCGAGUAUGGGAGCGUGUCGACGAUCUACCACAACCCCGAUAUCGCCAUAGCGCUAUCUACCUGGGCAGCGGUUCUGUGCUUAUAUCUCCCGGGAGAAGUGAUUCGCGGAGCAUAGGAAGCACCUUCUUCAUAUGGAAUCGACGGUUCGGAUGGAAGAAGUGUGCUUGUAGUUCGAAUGAGAUGCCUCGUGCUACGUACGGUGCAACUUUCACGGUGUUCACCAAUUCAAGUGCCUCAGAGCAGUCGAUAUCAGGACGUGGUCUACUCGCUGGUGGGAUUUCGGAAGACGGAGUCGUGCAGCAAGAAAUCUGGGAGUGGGAGUUACAGAGUUCCUUCUUGGGCCAGGAGCCUACUAUAAGCUUUACACGCCCUUUGAAAAUAGACGGAAACUCAAACCAACAAGCAACUAUUGCUCGCUUCGGCGCAAGUACAGUCAAUCAUGACGGCCGAGCCUACGUUGUAGGAGGAAUUAUUAAGGAUGAGAUACUGAAGUGGCGGAAUGAAGUUUGUUCUUUUCCUUCCCAGAAGAAUCAUUCGGAAUUUGCUUCACCAGAAACACUCAACUUCUCCUCCUCAAAUCCGCGACCGCUUCUAAUUGGGCAUUCUGUCGUAUCCAUCGGAGGUUCGUUGCUCAUCAUGGGUGGAUCAGCAGUAUGCUUCUCAUUUGGCACGUUCUGGAACAGAGGCUGCUACACAGUCCAUGUUACGGGAACCACGUCAACUUGUCAGGGGCAGAAUGCCGUCAAGGAUCCAAAAGCUUCAUGGAAAUACCUGGGUACAGGAGCUGCCACAAUCACAGCAAGUGCUUCUAAACAAUCUUCAGUCCCGCAUAAUGUCGACGACUGCCUUGUCAGUGUACCGCGGGUGAGAAUAAAGUCCCAAGAAGAGUUCAAUAACAUUCUGGAGGCGAGAAAGCCCGUCAUCCUUGAAGGAUUAAACAUUGGAUCAUGUACAGAGGUUUGGACGCCAGCUUAUCUGAAGGAAAAAAUUGGGUCUCAACGCGAGGUCGUUGUUCACCAGGCUACCUCACCACAUAUGGAUUUUCAGUCCAAGAAUUUCUCCUACGUCUCCAAGACAUUCGGGGAGUUCAUAGAGCAAGCUGACACUGGCGAGAAGCUUUACCUUCGUUCUUUAUCAUCCGAAAAGCCUUCAGAACUUCCAGCAGAUAUUGAGAGAGAUUUUCCGUCAAUUGCGGCCGAUUUCAAACUCCCUCCUGAAUUAACAACCAUCAUCGAGAACGCCCACAGCUCUCCGCUGCGCAUCUCCGGGCCUGUCAUCAUGUGGCUUCAUUAUGAUGUGAUGGCAAAUGUGCUCUGCCAGAUUCGAGCCUCUAAACGGCUGCUCCUAUUUCCCCCCUCCGACAUACAGUAUUUUCAGUUUGAACCCGGCGCCUCAAGCUCGAGUAUUAACGUGUUCGAUAAGCUUGAAGAACAUGUUCUUGCUGGUGCACACCCUCAUGAAGCACGGCUAUCCCCGGGCGACGUCCUCUUCCUACCUCCACUGUGGCUUCAUACUGCCGUACCGACUUCCGGUAUGAGCGUUGCGGUGAACGUAUUCUUCCGCAAUUUACCCACAGGUUACGCUGCAGGAAAGGAUGUGUAUGGAAAUCGAGAUCUACAGGCAUAUGAGAAAGGCAGACAGGAUGUUGCCAAGAUAACUAAAUCCUUUGACAGCUUACCAGCUGAUGUCAGAGGGUUCUAUUUGCAAAGGCUUGCCAGGGAGUUUGAGCAGAAAGUUUGAGCUUUGAAAAUUCUGGCUACCUGGUGCACGCCCGAUGGAUGCCCGGCACAAGAAGAGUGUUGAAUAUACUGCGGGAAAGACAAAUCGCAUACGAGCCCGAGAUUCGUAGCACGGAUGGAUACUGAUUCUGGGAUCAGUUUGUCGAACGCCGCCUGGCGAAUACAAGCCAAUUUAUCAUCAGCCUCAAUGGUUUAGUGAAGGUGCAGGAUCGUUAAAAUAAUCUUGCCGUCUUUAUCCUAUACAGGUCACGAGUGUAUUGAUUGUAGAAGCAAGUUACUUGAUAUCAUG